AUGACUAAGCGCCACGGAAGCGACUCUCCUAGUAGUCGGUCAGCAAUCCGCACAAAUCCGAUCUCGCUUGGAUUUUCAUCUCUUUCGCUUGUAGCGCCUGCAUCCAGCGUACCGCCCGAUAUUCAUGUGGAUGUGUGUCCGCACGGCCCGAUACGCGAGCGUACAGUCAUCGCGAUGCGUGUAAAGGAUGCUGCAAAGAGGGAAGGACAGUUCGAAGACCCUGGUGAGGCCGAUCAACUUACGGAAGAACAGAUCGCUGAAUUCAAAGAAGCGUUCUCGCUGUUCGACAAGGACGGCGAUGGCACAAUCACGACCAAGGAAUUAGGCACCGUUAUGCGAUCGCUAGGUCAGAACCCCACAGAAGCAGAACUGCAAGACAUGAUCAACGAAGUCGACGCGGACGGUAACGGCACGAUCGACUUCCCCGAGUUUCUAACAAUGAUGGCUCGUAAAAUGAAGGACACGGAUAGUGAAGAGGAAAUCCGGGAGGCAUUCCGAGUCUUCGACAAGGACGGCAACGGUUUUAUUUCGGCAGCUGAGCUGCGCCACGUCAUGACUAAUCUGGGCGAGAAGCUAACAGACGAGGAAGUCGAUGAGAUGAUCCGUGAAGCCGAUAUAGAUGGCGAUGGCCAGGUUAAUUAUGAAGAAUUCGUAACAAUGAUGACAUCGAAGUGAGCUACAGGUCGAUACAUUGCGCCUUUCUAUUUGUUUAUUAAGAAGACUGUAGCCACGCGCAACAACAGCUGCGCAACGCUAUCGAUUU